AUGAGCUCAUCCAUCAGAAAGAAUGCUGGUUUAGGACUCCUGGCAUGCACUUUCUGGGUAUGCAAGUCGUGCUACAAGGGGGUGGGCGUGUGCUCUCCAUGCAUAGUUGUAAGAUUAGAAUACUCUUUGUUGCUGAGCAGCAGACGUGGCAAAGCGUGCAGUGGAGCUGAGCUGAAGCCCUCACGUUGGCGGAAGGAGGGCGCCCAUCUGCAGCGCUUGGUGCUGGAACGAAAGCCACUGAUGCUGCUGUCAAGUUUUUUGAAUGAUGCUCAAGUGGUGUACGUCCUUUUUGUGGGAGCUGGCGAGAGCAAUCUUGGACGCUCUUCCCAGGCAGGAUGUUGA